AUGAUUCUCUGUCAGGGGAGGUGGACCGGUUUCCAUGACGCAGAGUCAGGAAUCCAUCAUUACGAGGUGGCAAUGUCAGACUCUCCUGAACCAACUGAAGAUCUGGAGUAUGACGACGUGGGAAUCGGACUCCAGUGGACGAUGUCUGGUCUGGAAUUGACCCACGGAGUCAGGUACUAUUUCCAUGUGGCGGCUGUGAAUAGAGCAGGGGUGUGGUCUAGUGUGGUAUCGACCAAUGGGAUUACAGUCGACAUGACGCGACCUGAACACCGACAGUGUGUGUGGGAGCUGGUUAGUAUCACCUCAUUUGAGCCAAUUAGCUCAGGGGCCUCCCUGUGUAACGAAUCUCUAACUUACGAAGAGGAAGAGGGGUUGAGUCUUGUCCCAUACUCCCCGUCCUUCUCCCCUCUGUCUGGGUGUCUGAGUCAGCUGCUAUGGGGCCCUCUCUCCCUCUCCUUCCCCACCUCCCCCUCCUCACUCCACACCCUCUCUUUCUGGUUGGCACGGCAACCGGGAGACAGUGGGUGUGGUCACCAGUCUCCGCUGGGGCUCCGUAUCCAGGGACCAGACGAUCUGGAGGAAGUGUUCUUGGUUCACACGCAGGACAAAGACAGCCUUCACAGGUGGUCCAGGUUCCAGGUCCAAUUCACACCGACUGGUCUCGAUUCCAUUCUGACUCUGAGUCCCCUCUCAUCUCAGUAUGGUCUCCUGAUUGAUGACAUCGCCGUGUCCCGAUGCGAUUCAGUCGUCUCCGCUCCAUUCGAUGAUGUCAUCAACAAUAAUUUGUCUGUGUUCCGAGUGGGUCAGGAGCAUGUGUCUGGAGCGUGGACGAGAUUCAGGGCAAGUUGGGAGCUGGGUGAGGAGGGGGAGGAGCGUGUGAGGGAGUACAUGUGGGCCAUUGGGACCACUGAAGGAGGCGAACAGCUGCAACCUUUCACCUCCACUGGCUCAACUCCAUAUGGAGUCAGUAGAUACCUGUCCACAUUCCAUACCGAGGCAGUCUAUCUGUCAUUGGUGGCAUGGAACCACGCCGGAGACGAGACUGUGGUGUACGGAGGACCUUACUCCGUUGACUUUACUCCACCAGAGUUGAGGGAAGGGGGUGGAGUGUUGGACGGGGUAGGCGGAGUAGAUCUGGAGUAUCAGAGCACGACAGAUCUGCAAUCUGAUUGGUCGGAUGUGGUGGACCCAGAGAGUGGGAUUGAGGAAUGUUCCUUCCUCAUUGGAACAGCGGCAGGCAGAUCAGAUCUCCACCUCCACACUCCCACAUCUGGCACCAAUUCCUCCGUCACACUCCCUCCAGUCCCCCACGGCACUCUCGUCGUCACCACGGUAACCUGCAGGAAUGGCGCCGGACUCCAAUCAACGUUCUCCUCCAACGACCCCUUCACUACGGAGUAUGGGUCACAUGACAGUCAUGUGCCCUCCACCAAUGUCACUCUGAGGUGGGGAGGUUUUGCGGAGCCAGCGGGGAACCCCCUUCAUUACGAGGUGUGCCUGGGGGAGGGUGAGGAGGAGAGUUGUGUGAUGGUGGGAGAUGCCAGACAACUCAUAGUUGACGGAGUGGGCGUGGCCUCUGAGGAAGAGAUGGUUUCUGUGACGGCGGUAAAUUUGGCAGGUCUUCGUUCCAUUCCACUCAGGGGAAGAGUUGUGUUUCAGACCAGUCCUCCAAAUGACACUGGUGCUGCCAUCAAUAUUACUUGGGUUGACGACACAACGCUGCAUUUUGAUUGGUCAGAUAAGUUCACGUCGUCCUCACCACUGACCUUUGAACUGUCCCUCGGCACAAUGAUGGGGAGCGGGAUCAUCCAGAAGUGGGUGGAGCUUGAGACAGACCACACCCACCACACGGUGUCGGACGGUCGUCUAAUUCGGUCGCAGGACUAUUUCCUUGGUCUGGUGGCUGUGUCUAGAUCAGGUCUCCACACGACUGCAGCAGUGAUGGUGGAUGGUGUGCCACUCAACAUUUAGUUCCUUCAUCUUGUAUUCCCCCAUUGAUACAUACAUACAUAGCUCCGGUGUUUUUAUGUGCAUAACAAUUUAUUGUACUCAACUCCAUUAAAAAUGAAAAGCACUAAAGUGCAAACCCUCGGCACACU